AUGUUUUAUUACAUCUUUGUUCGUGCCAAGUCUCAUAAAUAUCCUUUUUUUUUUCUCUCUCUCACCAAGAUUCUUUCUUUCUCUUACUCUUUCUUUCUUUCUUUCUUUCACUCUUUCCUUCUUUCUUUCUUUCACUCUUUCCUUCUUUCUUUCUUUCACUCUUUCCUUCUUUCUUUCUUUCACUCUUUCCUUCUUUCUUUAUCCUUUCACUCUUUCCUUCUUUCUUUCUUUCACUCUUUCCUCCUUUCUUUCUUUCACUCUUUCCUUCUUUCUUUCUUUCACUCUUUCCUCCUUUCUUUCUUUCACUCUUUCCUUCCUUCUUUCUUUCACUCUUUCCUUCCUUCUUUCACUCUUUCCUUCUUUCUUUCACUCUUUCCUUCUUUCUUUCUUUUCCUUCUUUCACUCUUUCCUUCUUUCACUCUUUCCUUCUUUCACUCUUUCCUUCUUUCUUUCUCUAUCCUUUCACUCUUUCCUUCUUUCUUUCUUUCUUUCCUUCCUUCUUUCUUUCUUUCUUUCCUUCUUUCUUUCUUUCUUUCCUUCUUUCUUUCUUUCUUUCUUUCUUUCUUUCCUUCUUUCUUUCUUUCUUUCACGCUUUCCUUCUUUCUUUCCUUCUUUCUUUCCUUCUUUCUUUCACGCUUUCCUUCUUUUUCUCUUACUCUUUCCUUUUUUCUUUUUCUUUCUCUUUCUCUCCUCUUUUCUUUCCUUUCUCUUUUCUUUCCUUUCUCUUUUCUUUCACUCUUUCUCUCUCUCCAUCUUUCAUUUGCCGAUUAUGGGACAAACACCAAGAUGAAGCAACAACUGAACAGUGAGAAUGCAUUGCUUUCUAUAAAGUUUUUACCUUUUAACCAUUGGUGA